ACAAAGCAAAGCAAAGCCAAGCCAGGACAAAGUCCCCUCUUUUGUUCUCUGCUGCCUGCGCCGCGCCGUCCGACUCUAGCUUCUGCCGUCGCCCUCACCACCGUGAUCCGAUCAUACGCGAGCCUCCUUCCUCCUCGGCUCCCCCGCGUGCUGUCUCCUGCUGCAAUCGAACCGAGGAAAGGGGAGAGGCUAGGGCUGGAGAUGUCCGGGGGAGAGGAAGACGACGUGCGCAAGGUGUCCCGCCAGGACAUACAGCUCGUCCAGAAUCUCAUCGAACGUUGUCUUCAGCUUUAUAUGAACCAGAAAGAAGUGGUUCAAACUCUAUCCUUCCAGGCAAAAAUAGAGCCUAGCUUUACCGAGCUUGUCUGGCAGAAACUUGAAGAAGAGAACCAUGAGUUUUUUAAGGCAUAUUAUGUGAGGUUGAUGCUUAAGAAUCAAAUAAUGGUGUUCAACAAGCUCCUUGAGGAUCAGCAUCGUCUUAUGAGUAAAGAACAAUCUUCUGGAGUGGCUUUAAUGACCCCUACUGCUCCUAAUGGCUCUGACUCAAGCACAAUGAACACAAACACGUGUUUUCUAGCUGACAGUACUAGCACUGCAAUGUCGGAUAGCUUCCUACUGAAUGGAAAUUCUGGUGGUAUGAUAAAUGACGCUCCAGCUACUGACCAAUUUAUCUAUGCUGGUAAAGUUGUCCAUGGUUUUCCUAGUGGUAUGGAUGCUUCAGCUAGUCUACUAUCAGCACAUAGUUCGACUGUUGGGCAGUUCAACGGAAGCAAUGGUACAACAAUAAAGGCAGAGUCUAGCUUCUCGAGCAAUCCAGAAUUUGCAUUCUGCAACGAUAGCGCUUUCCUGGAGCCUUGCCAAUCAAUGGGGGAUGCCUCGGGUGGAUCUUUUAGCAGCUCUGAACUGAAUGGGCAACCGAUUCCGGACAUGGAUACAUCAUCAUAUGGUUUUUUGGGCCAGAUUCCUCGCAAUUUUAGUUUUUCAGAUUUAACAGAGGAUUUCAGUCAUAGUACAGAAAUAUUAGAGAAUUAUGGCAGAUCCCCUUUCAUUCCUUCCGAGAGUAACUUCUCAGAGUCUACUCCCGGAGAACACACAGAAUUAGGAAAUAGACGGCUAAAUUCCAUAUCUGAGGGUGUUAGUUAUGAAGAUUUUGGAAGUGAUUAAUCAGAUUUUGAUCGUACUGCCUGAGUUUAAGCAGUGAUGCGCCAGUUGUACAGAGUCCUUUGGGCAGGCAAAUCCCUAUAAUCAUUUGCAUUGAAUACAGCUAAUUUGCGGAAACUGUUCAUUGUUGGACUUGGGCCCUGUGUUGUUGUAGACUUCCAGCUUGGUUGACACUGAAGGAUGCAAGAAAUGCAUGUUCCUGUAUCCUUGCUAAUGGUACUGUAGAAGUGUUCUGUAACUUUUCCAGUUACUUAAGGUAGCAUUAGCUUUGGCUGGAGCUCUGUAUGAUGGUUAAUUAAUGAUCUGUAUGAUCUUGUAUAAAGGUUAUUCUGAACUGCUGCAUUUGUAAUGGUUAGUACUUGUCCAUGCCAUGUUCCAUUUCUAUUCAAACUGAAGAUUUGCGUUGGUAAGAUA